UAGCCUUCAAUUGUUAAGCUCUCGUUUGACGUUUUUCUAGUUUACAUAUAUUAUACGUUAAAUGUGAUUUAUUUUGUACGGAAAAAGGUGGAGAAAAAAAAGGGCCAACUCUUUCAAGACGAUAAAUUUAAAUCAAAUGUCGAAAUUCAAGAAUAGACCCGAUCCAAUAUCCGGCUUUAAAGCGUAACGAAUUCCGUUACGUCGUCUCAAGUGUCAUCGGUCCUUUUUAAUCAGAAAAACCCAGGACGUGUAACAAUCUAGAAUGAACAGUCAAAGUUUCACUCUAGCCGAAAGACUCAUCCCUUCGACUUACUUGCAACAAGCAGCAUCGUCGAAAAGGUCCAGAGAAAACCUAAUACGAAUUUUGAUCGAACAAAGAAAAUGGCCUGAAGAAGGAUGGGAUGAUGCAACUAUUGAAUUAUUUUUGGCUGAUUUGGCUCAGAUGGACAGCAACAACUUUCCAGGAAACAGUGGUGUAGGGGAGAGAGAAGCAAGAUUUGCCUCAGCUCUAGUUGCAAGGAGACAUUACCGAUUAGGCCAUGGCAUUGGUAGGUCUGGUGAUAUUGGUGAAGUACAACCAAAAGCUGCUGGGUCCAGUUUGUUAACAAAGCUUGCGAACGCUCUUCUUCUGGAUACUUUACGAUUUAUGGGUGUAAAUAAUUCUGCGGGAUGUUUCCUUGUACCUAUGGCAACAGGGAUGAGUUUAGUCCUGUGCAUGCUGACGAUAAAGCAAGACAGGCCGGGUGCCAAAUUCGUAUUGUGGUCUCGAAUCGAUCAGAAAUCGUGCUUUAAAUGUAUACUGACUGCAGGACUGCAACCGAUAAUAAUCGAACCAGUGAUGAGCGGAGAUGAGUUAAGAACUGAUGUUAAUGCUUUUGAGACGCAGAUGACAACAUUAGGCUCAAACAACAUAGUGUGUGUUUUGUCUACGACAAGUUGUUUCGCUCCACGCGCUUCUGAUUCUCUUGAGCAAAUUGCUGUCCUCUGUAGCCGGUACAAUAUUCCCCAUUUAGUCAACAAUGCCUAUGGCCUACAAAGCUCUCGUCUUAUGCAUUUAAUACAAGAAGCUGCAAAGAAGGGAAGGGUAGACGCUUUUGUCCAAAGUUCUGACAAAAAUUUAUUGGUACCUGUCGGUGGUGCUAUUAUUUCAGGCUUUGAUAAAGGGUUGCUGGAAAGAAUUUCACGGAAUUAUCCUGGUAGAGCAUCAGCUAGCCCGGUGAUAGAUGUAUUUAUGACUCUACUAUCAUUGGGAAGCAACGGAUAUAAGAAUUUAAUCUGCGAACGUAAAGAAAUGUUCAAAUACUUAAAAGAAGAAUUAGGAAAAAUUGCGGCGAAGCAUGGCGAACGAAUUCUCGAUACGCGGAAUAAUCCGAUAUCAAUGGCGAUGACACUUUCAACGUUGAAUGCCGGUGGUGAUACCAAGAGAAUAUCAUUGCUCGGGUCGAUGUUGUUUUUAAGAUAUGUCUCAGGCUCAAGAUGCAUAACUGGAACUGAACAUAAAGAUGUAGCAUCCUACCAUUUUGAAGGAUGGGGUGCGCAUCACAGUAACUCUCCUUGUCCUUAUAUCACCGCUGCUGCUGGUAUCGGGAUGAAGAAAUCUGAUGUAGACAUGUUCGUUCAUCGCCUUGACAAAGCGUUAUCAAAGGUAAAAGGAAGAUCAGCGCCUCCGACGCCGACUUCUGUUGAAGAGUUAGGCUCAAGCGGCAGACGUUCCGGAGGCCGGGUCGUUAACGGUGAAUCUGGUGAACAGGGAAGUAGUGCUGGAUAUGAGAGUAAUAAUUUGGAUGUUAUAAGCUCUCGGUUACCUGAGCAAAAGGAAGAAAAUGAAUCUCUCUAUGAAAAUCUCGACAACGAUGACAUGACGGACAGUACAAAUAUCUCACUAUGAAUAACUACUCAGUGUAAAAUGCAGAAUUGAUUUCAGGUACAAUUUUCAAAUUAAAAAGAAGCAACGUAAAGUCGUUUAAUCGUACUCAUACCAGGCAUAAGUAAGCAGAUCAAAGUUAUUUACUGAUAACUAGUUACAAGCACAAUAUUUUUUUUUUUGGUGAAAGAAGAUCAAUAAUGUGUAGGAGUG